ACGUUUUAUUUAGCAAACCACUGCAAACAUGGGACUCAAAGCAAUAGUCAAGCAACCGACUGAUAACGAAAUGGGUUCGGGAUGUACUUUGUGUGAAGGCUGUGAAGCCACACACAGGAAGAGUGUCUCGGGUGGCGUCCAAGAAAGAGAAAUUUUGACUGAUAAGAUUUUGUACAAAUUAGCGACUGAAUACGUGGGAAGCACGUGGCAUGAUGUUGGAAUGUGCCUUGGAAUUCCCGCGGCAACCUUAGAUCUUAUUGAAAAGAAUCAAGAAUCUCCGAAGAAAAAGAAAUUUGAAGUUUUCCGACAAUGGAAAAUGUCAUCCAACAAGCCAGAAAAUAUAAAGCUUGCUGAAUUAAAAAAAGCUUUCUACGACUGUAAUAGGCAGGACCUUGUGACGGCACUUGAAGAAUUAUUAAGCGGGGAGGCCACAGGAGGAAAGUUUCUCACCCAGUGA